CCGUCCCAGCUCCACUCCCGCCGAAGACUGAGGCCGCUCCACCAUCACAACCCGCAAACCCAAAUUCAAACCACAACAUGAUUUCUCUACCACCUGCCCAGGUCCAGCAGUCCUAUGCCUCCGACAACCACCUCAAGCCAUUUGUUGGCCGUAAAGGAGAUAGGAUAUAUCGUCUCUCGGUGGAACAGCAGCCCAUUCGUGCCCGCAUGUGCGGAUUCGGUGAUAAGGACCGACGCCCAAUUACUCCUCCGCCUUGCAUCAAGCUACUCGUGUGCGACGCUUCUUCGGGGAAGGAGAUAGAAUUCACUGAAGUCGACAGCACUUUUUUUGUUUUGACCGUAGAUCUCUGGGACGCCGAUGGAACCCGCGAAGUCAACUUGGUGCGGCAUUCGAGCGGCGCGCCGACGGUAUCCAUCUCCAGCAGUACUACGACUUCUUACCCGCCACCUGUAGAGCGUCCACCAAUGUACAUGGCACCGACCAUGAUGGCGUAUGAUGCUUACGGAAGGCCAAUGGCAGCACCGCCGCAGCAUCAACCAAAUCCCUACUCAGCUCCUCCAGUACCUCCUACGUACUAUGGCCAGACACCAAUGACGCCCAACACGCCCAAUUAUCCAUAUUCGCAGGCGCCAACCUACAGUGCCGUUCAGAUGCCCAUGGUCCCCCCUCCACCAAAUCCGGCCACGGGCAUGUUCACCAGGAACCUAAUUGGCAGUUUGACGGUAAAUGCUUUCCGGCUCACCGAUACCGAGAACAAAGUCGGCUUCUGGUUCGUUCUUCAGGAUCUCUCUGUCAGGACAGAAGGUCUGUUCCGAUUGAAAAUGAACUUCGUAGACGUCGGAUCUGGCCAAGGAAACAACACACUCAACACGGGUCGAGCCCCUGUUCUCGCAACAUGCUUCUCAGACCAAUUCCAGGUCUACUCAGCCAAGAAAUUCCCGGGAGUCAUCGAAUCCACGCCUCUAUCCAAGGCCUUCGCCAGCCAGGGUAUCAAGAUCCCGAUACGUAAAGAUGGGCCUAAGACUCUGAGUAACCAGGCCGAAUAUGAUGCUGAUGAUUGAUGCGUAUAGAAGAAUGGUCUUACAAAUCCCGACGAAUACGGGUUGAUAUGCAAAAAGUUAGAGAAGAGGCAGUAGCUGAAGCGAUGGAAACAGAAGCAUAUCCGGAAGAAGGACUAGGAGAUACUUCAUCAAACGACCAAACCCUAGUUGGAAACGGGUUUCUGGGAUCCCUUUAGACGCACCGUAACGCAAGUGGGAAAGUGUUGGAUAAGACUAUUUCUGCUUGCUUUGAUAUUGAUAUGCUAGAGGCGUAAAAAGAGUAAGGCAAACGGGGUUCUGCCUGUAUGCGCAUUAUCUCUAUUCUUUUCCCGAGCUGCCUUUUGUUUCCUUGCUCCUUUCCUAUGUCUGCUUGAAUACUCCUGGCCCGGAGGCAGGCGUUGUGUGUUUGUAUGGGUUUUAGGGUGUUUAAAAAUUCCCCGGCGGUUAUCUCUGAUGCGAG